AUGAAGAAACUCGGCAGGAUUUCGUACCACAUUUUAUUAUAUAGAACAAAAUACACAAAAACUACUACACUCCAAAGAAUGACAAGUACUGUGACGGUAGUAUCUGUGUUGCCAGAAAGUGAAAAAAUGUUCCAACAUUUAUAUGAAAGAAAAAAUAAUAGUAUCGAAUCAUCAAAAAUGGAAGACGUACCGAUCGACUGUGAUUUUCCUGUUUGGGGUUUAUUGCCGAAAAAAGAGACAGGGGUUGUCUCCUUUUUAAAUAAAUAUCCAAAAUACGAUGGCAGAGGUACAGUUAUUGCUAUUUUUGACUCGGGUGUGGAUCCAGCAGCCCCUGGUUUGCAGGUGACUAGUACGGGAGAAACAAAGGUUAUAGAGAGAUUUGACUGUAGCGGUUCCGGCGAUGUAGAUACAAGCACGGUUAUAAAAAAAGAUACCGAUGGAUGCAUUACCGGCCUGACAGGCCGAAAACUGAAAGUCCCAGAAACAUGGAAGAAUCCGAGUGGUGAAUAUCGCAUUGGUGUACUGUACCCAUUCUCAAUGUACCCUUCAAAGGUAAAAGAAAGGAUACAGGAGUACCGAAAAGAGCACAUAUGGGAUGUAGGACAUAAGCCCGCUUUUGCAGAAGCUAAUAAAAAAUUACAGGAGUUUGAGUCUGAAGUUGUGUCUAAAAAUCCAACUUUAAGUUCUGAAGACAAAUUCAUGAAGGAGGAGCUAGAGGCCAGAGUGGAGGUGUUGCAAAAUGCAGAAAAGAAAUACACAGAUCUCGGUCCCACAUAUGACUGUGUCCUCUUUCACGACGGUGAUGUGUGGCGGGCAUGCAUCGAUACAUCCGAGUGUGGUGACCUUGCAUCAGGGCCUUUGCUGGGCGAGUACAGCGUGACGCACGAGCACGCCCACUUGACGGAUCUUGACGAGAUGACAAUCAGCAUCAAUGUACAUGACGAGGGCCAAACGCUCGAGGUGGUUGGCAUGUGCUCUACCCAUGGGACGCAUGUAGCAGCGAUUGCAUCUGGCUACUUUGCCGAUGAGCCCGAGAAGAAUGGCGUGGCACCCGGCGCCAAGAUCAUCUCACUCACGAUCGGGGAUAGCAGGCUCGGUUCAAUGGAGACCGGCACUGCAUUAAUCAGAGCUUGUAUCAAAAUCAUGGAGUUAUCCAAGAAGAUGAAGAUCGACGUGAUCAAUAUGAGUUACGGCGAACACGCGCAUUGGUCCAACGCCGGGCGCGUGGGUGAGACGAUAUGCUCGGUGGUGAACGAGUACGGCGUGUCGUGGGUGGUGUCGGCCGGCAACCACGGGCCCGCGCUCGCCACCGUCGGCUCGCCGCCCGACAUUGAGCAGGCCGUGCUGAUCGGUGUGGGCGCGUACGUGUCGCCCGAGAUGAUGUCGGCGGCGUACUCUAUGCGCGCGCGGCUGGGCGGCGGCGCGUUCAGCUGGAGCUCGCGCGGGCCCGCCGCCGACGGCGCGCUCGGGCUCGCCGUCUGCGCGCCCGGCGGCGCCAUCGCCUCCGUCGCCAGAUUCACAUUGAGGAGUUGCCAGCUGAUGAAUGGAACAUCAAUGGCCGCUCCGCACGUUGCUGGUGUCGUUGCGGCCUUAAUUUCCGGUCUAAAAGACAAAGAUAUACCUUAUUCACCGUACUCAAUAAAACGGAUGCUGGAGAACUCGGCCACGUAUCUCAGCCAUGUGGAGCCGUGGGCGCAAGGUGCUGGCUUGGUUAACAUAGAGAAGGCAUUCGAAUUGCUGACGUCGUACCACGAUGUCCUUGAGCGGGACGUAACGUUCAGUAUACAGUGCGGGCCCGCCAACUCCAAAGGCAUCCUGCUGCGGCCGCGUCCCGACGAUCCUCAAAAGGACAUCGGCGUCACCAUCGAGCCGAAAUUCCUGCACUACCACGACGACGAGCACGACAAGGCGGUGAUGUCGAAGCAGCUGUCGUUCGGCAUGCGGCUGGCGCUGUCGUGCGGCGCGGCGUGGCUGGCGGCGCCCGCGCACCUCGACCUCAUGAACGCCGCGCGCCCGAUCGCGCUUCGCCUCGAUACCGCCGCGCUGCCGCCCGGCGCGCAUUUCACCAGCUUGAACGCUUACGACGUGACGUGCCCGGAGAAGGGCCCAGUGUUCCGCGUGCCGGUAACGGUGCUGCAGCCCACGCCGCUGCCGCCGCCGCCCGCCGCGCCGCAAUUCACCGCCACCGAUGUACUCUUCAAGCCCGCGAAUAUCAAGAGGCACUUUUUUAUGCCCCCACAAGGAGCGACUUGGGGUGUACUGAAAAUGUGGACGACGGACCACAACAAUAGCGGCCGGUUUCUGGUGCAUACAAUGCAGCUGCUGCCGCGCCGCAGUUGCCGUUGCCACGAAACGCAGAAAAUGGUCAACGUCUCAUCGGAAGCACCUACUUUGCUGCCUUUUCAGGUGGUGGGCGGAGUCCUAAUAGAGGUUGUGAUAGCGAAGUAUUGGGCUAAUAUUGGCGACUUGAUUAUGAGCUACACAAUCGAGUUUCACGGACUGAAGCCGGAUUUCGGAUCGCGGCUGGUGUUCGCGGCCAGCGAGGGGAUCCGCACCUUUAACGUCUCCGCGCUGCGGCUGCAGGAGCUGCAGCCCACCGCCCAGCUCAAGUACUCCGAGCCUGUCGUCAGGCCAACGGAAUCUAAAAUAAUAUCGUUGACUGCGCGAGAUGUAAUCCCGCCAGCCAGACAGAUAUACCAACUUCUGAAUACGUACAACUUCCAUAUUGCGAAAGCUACUGAGGUAACGCCGAUAGUGACGAUGUUGUCUGAGACACUGUACGAGUCGGAGUUCGAGUCUCAGAUGUGGAUGUUGUACAAUAGCUGUAAACAGUUGAUGGCCGUCGGUGAUGCAUAUCCGUCCAAGUACUCGGUGAAGUUGGAGAAGGGCGACUACGUGCUGCGGCUGAACGUGCGGCACGACAACCGCGCGCUGCUGGAGCGGCUGCAGGAGCUGCCCGUGCUCGUGCAGCAGCGCCUCGCGCAGACCAUCGCGCUCGACGUCUACUGCUCGCACUCGCAGGCGAUAACAGGAGGGAAGAAAUUUGUUACAGCGUCCCUGUCCAACGGGACUACCUUACCAUUGUACAUAGCUGCUCUACCUUCGGAUAAGCUGAGCCGGUCGCAGCUGGGCGUGGGGCAGGCGCUGUCGGGGUCGCUGAGCCUGGCCAAGGACGAGCUGGGCCGCCGCGCCGACACCUACGCGCUGCACUACGCGCCCUGCGAGCCGCCGCGCCGCGCCGCCAAGGACAAGCCCAAGCCCGACGACUACGCCGACGCCUACCGCGACUUCGCUGCCGGCUGGCUGCCCAAGCUCGAAGGCGAUAAACUAGAGCAGUUGUACGAGGAGAUGCAGCAGAAGUUCCCAGGCUACCUGGGCACUUAUAUCGCCUAUCUACAUGCCCUGGACCCCCCCACGGAUCCUAAGAAGUUACCUCACGCCAACGAAGAGCCAGAUGUUACAAAAGCAUGGUGUGAACAGCUCAUCGCUAUAUCAGAUAAGGUGAUCAAAGCGAUAGAUCAAGACAAAUUGCUCGCCAAUCUCGGAAUUAAGAAUGACAUACGCAGCGACGCCAAUAAAAUCAAACAGGAGCAGGAGCGGCAGCGCGGCUGGGCGGCGGAGGCGCUGUGCCGGCGCGGCGCCGCGCUCAGCCGCCUGCGCCGCCUGGCGCCCGCCGCGCCCGCGCUCGCCGCCGCCGCCGCCGACAACUACGCCGACCUGCUCAAGUUCGCCGACGCCGCCGACCCCAAGCUGCCCGCGGUGAUGCACUACGGCGUAUGGCACUGCUUCACCAACAAACAUUGGGGGCGAGCGAUCAAACUGCUCAACAAGAUCCAAGAGGAGCGGCCUUCAAGGGACGCGGAGGAACGCCUCGUCGAGGCGUACGAACAGUUGGGGUGGAAUUACCUCGCGAAAACUACCCAGUUGUCGUUACCGAUCAAGUACCCUUCGGCGUACCGACCCUUCUGAGGGUGUGUGGACGAUCACUAAUACAUGCGCGGUAAGCGCCUGCGCAAGCGGCGGCCAUUUUGUCAUAAUUUCCCUUUCAUGUAAUUACGUAACACGUGUUUUUUAGAUUUUUUUUUAUAGAUGACAUUGACAAGCCCUGUCUAUCCCUUUCAGACCUGAACGAUACGGGCGUGGGUUGUAACAUUAAAAAAUUCUAAAACCGCGCGCAAUUCAUUUUUACGCACGAAGCUGAAAUAACAUGAUAGUGAGAUUUUAAACCAGCCAAUAAGAAAUCAUUUUAGCGGUUAGGUGGUGCAGUAGUCUCGUGCGUGCCGGCAAGAUGACUUGGCGCCAAAACACGAAAAUAUAUUUAAUCUGAAAGAAAAAAAAUCUUGGGUCUGAAAGGGCUAUGUUAUCGGUUGACGCUGUUCAGGUACCAGUAGGUGAUGAUAGGUGAGCUCAAUUGGUCCAUCCUGAAAGGGAGUUUUGUCCGCUUGACAACAUGUAAGUCGUUCGCGCAAUCCAUUAACCGUUUCGGAUAUCGACUCGUGAUGUGGUAGUGACCGGAUUUAGGCAAUAGGCACGAAUAACACUUCCUAUCUCAUUGUCAGACAACAAAAAGGGUAUUGAAACAUGUUGUUUUGAACCUACAAAUUGUUGGGUUCGAAAUUUCUGGAACUUUUUUUUUUUAUAUAACUACCCCCUUAUUCGAUAACCAUAAAGUUAUUCAAUAGAUUGAAUUUGUUUUGUCCUUUUUGUUUUUAGGUUAAUUUUUAUUUUGUGACAAAGUGACAAAUCAUGCUAAUACCACAGUAUAACGAAUAACCAGUGGUUCAACGUCUUUGGCGUGUUACGAACGACUGCAUGGCAAUAAGGGACGCGUCGCUUUGUCUAGACGUGUCCACUGGACGACUGGUAGGAAAAAAAUUAAGUUUUUUUAAUCUGUGGUUAAAAAAAAAUAUUAUAAUUAGGAAUUAGAUGGAUAAUGUUUACGUACUGAUACUUAUUUUAAACAUGUUAAUACAUAAUGGUAAUGUGUAAUCGAUUUGUUUGUUUUGAACAUGUAUAGUUUGUCGUAUGGCUUGUAGAGAACGCGGUACAGUGUUCGUUGAUCGAGAUUAUAUAAUAAAAAUGUUUUGUAUUUUAUUAAAAUUUCAUAUGAAAUCGCCGACAAUUCGGGAAUAAUUACUACACUAGUAACCGUAGUACUAGUAUGGUGAUUACUAAUAUAAUAAUUAGUUAUUAUUAUAUUAGUCAUUACUAAUUAUUAUAUUACUGGUUACUAAUUAUUAUAUUACUGGUUACUAAUUAUUAUAUUACCGAUUACUAAUUAUUAUAUUACCGAUUACUAAUUAUUAUAUUACCGAUUACUAAUUAUUAUAUUACUGAUUACUAAUUAUUAAUUACCAUAUUAGUAAUCGCUAAUUAUUAUAUUAGUAAUUACUGUAUUAGUAUAGUAAUUUUUAAUUAUGAUAUAAAUUAUUACUGUAUAAUUUUUUUUCAAAUUUUCUCUAAAGUCAUCCAUCCACAAUUCGAGAGUAAUUACUAUAUCGACAAUUACUGUACUAGAAUAGUAAUUGCUACUUAAAAUUAGUACUAAUUAAUAAGUAGUAAUCACUAUAUUAGUACAGUAAUUACCAGUAUAGUAUGCUGUUCUGGCACAGUAAUUACUAUAUUAGUAUAAAUUAGUCCUAGAUACGAUUCUCGGCUGAUCUCAUAUACCUUCGUUGAUGCGGUCGCGACCAGAGCAUGGUCAGGUAUAGAGUGUACAGCUUUGCCCUUGGUUUCGCGUUAACAAGAUAAUAGAUACGAUUCGACGCUAUUAUUACGUCUAAGUAUAGCAAUAUUGUUGAUAUUACGUAAAACAUCGUGUUAUAGUUAUAAUUAAUACAUUUAUGACGCAUUUUCUGGUUGUUCAUAUUAUAUGAAAUGAAACCAAUAUUAAUAUAUGAGUUAUUUACCGUAUCUUACACGACUUAAGCAUUUUUUUUUAAUUAUUUUUAUGACGUGGAUUUAUACAGGUGAAAUAAUAAUCUUUAUCCUUCAUCCAUUCUUUUCCUUUGUUUAAAAUUCGAAUGAUAAGUAUUCGAAAAAGAAAAUAUAAACCUGUUUUAUACUUAAACAUUUUUUUUUUUAUUUUUAUGACGAGAAUUUAUGCAGGCGGAAUAACAAUAUUUAGCAGUCUUUUCUUUUUUUAAAAUUCGAACGUUAAGUGUUCGAAAAGGAAAAGAAAAAUAUAAACCUGUCUCACACUUAAUUUUUUUUUUUAUUUUUAUGACCAGGAUUUAGCCACCUUUAGCACUUUUUUUUUUAAUUCGAACGUAAAGUAUUCGAGAAAAAAAAAUAUAAAAUAUAUGCCACCCAUAUUUUUUAAUGGACAACAAUAGUAUGGUAGCCACGCCCACGUUAUCGGUAUACGCUGGUGAUACACUUGUGAAUGGUGAUGAGAGCAGGUCAGUUCUUCGUGAUGAAUUCAACAAGAAUUAACCGCAUGGAGGGAUCAGCUGUAAACUGUAUCUGCUUUACAGUCUUUUCCCCCUAAACCAUUCAUACUGCCAUGACUCGUUCAUCUACCAACUGUCAUACAUAUACAUACAGCUGGCAUACAUUAAAAUGGAAGGCUCCAAAUGUUUUGUUUGUUGUUUUUCAAUAUGUUUCUUUAAGAAAUACGUUCAGUAUCACCGGUAAAACAAUCUUAAUUGGAUAUUUAUAAAAUUCGAUAUCGUUAAGUAUAGAUGAAUUACGUAAAACAAAAAUAUUAAUAUAUGACGUCAGAAAAGUUCUCAGUUCUGACGUUAUUUUUGCUCGUCAUAUUUGAUGAUUCGGCCAUCGAUACUGUUUACUUUCGACAUACGAAUUGACUUUUCAUACAAAUUUUUUAUUUGUUUUUUUUUUGUAGAAAUUUCCACAAAAAGACGUUCAUAGGCUACAGUAACCGUUUACUAUCUGAGGGCCUACCAUGAAAUGUUUUCCGAAAUUUUGGAGCCAAACGGAACACAAAUUUGUUGUUUAAAUUACAUAAUACAAGCCGUUUGGAAAUAUUAAAAAUUUUGUUAAAAUAUUGUUUCUCUGGACUUUUAUGAUAAAAUGUUAUACUCCAUUUAUUGGUCAGAUUUUGGUAUAAACAAAAACACGAAAUUGAGUCCGAAAUUUCGAAAUUAGAUUUCAUGGUAGACCCGCUGAUGGGCUGUACGCUAGUUUGUCACCCUCGUGGUAUAUAACGUUUCGUACUAAUUUUAUCAUUAGGUUUUUUUUUUUGUGAAUAUCUUAUAUUUAUUAUGGGACAUAUUUGCGACCAAUAACUGAGUUGUCUUUUGAAAUUAUAGUAUUUAAUGCAUAUGGUGUGAAGCGUGGACUGCGUGGUUUUGAGUCGAUGGACAGUUAACUAAUUUGCCACGAGACAAAUAGAAAACGAAUCAUUCGCUAGACAUGCAUGAGAAAGACCAAUGCGCAAGACGUUACUGUCUCGUUCUAUUUCAUGCAUGCGGUAACGAAAACGUAUCUGCCGAGGGAUUCGCAUUUCAGGGAUAAAUCACUGUAUUUUAAACGCACAACAAUUAUUUUAUUACUAAGCAAUGUUAGAUAGACUCUUGUAUCACAAUAGCUUAAAAAAAGGAACUUGUAUAAUUCUGCCGCCUUCUUCUUUUUCUUUCUUCUUAUUCUUCUUUUUCUUUCUUCUUAUUCUUCUUUUUCUUUCUUCUUAUUAUUCCUCUUUUUUCUUUCUUCUUAUUCUUCUUCUUUAGAUAGUGCUUGUUGUAAAACAAUUAUUGGUAAAAUAAUGCUGUUGUUAUCACCAUAUUUUUCAAUGUACAAUUCUUUUAAUAUAACGAUUAAUUUAGUUUUAAACUCUCAGUACAUUAUCAUACACACAAGCUAUUUGAAGCGCCUUAAUAUUUAAACUUGGGUUAGUAUUCAAAAUUCAUACUCAAGUUUCUAUCUUAAGGGCGUAUCGACUUUCCUUGUAUUACUUAAUCGAUCAAUCGAUCGAUUAAAACAUUUAAAAUUUGGAAUUUAAACAAUGAAUUAAAAGAACACGUUUUCAUCUCUCGAGUGACUUCAUCUCCUAUGAUUAACUUCGUCUUAAUUUUCUUUUAUUAAUCUUAAACAGUAUCUUGUGAUAGAUUUAUAUUAUAAUAUGAGCCUAAGAUACAACACGCGCAUAUAGAGAUAGCUAUAUACAGUUGCCAUCUCUUUCUACUAUUUUUAAACUACAAAAGAUUUCAGAAUAUGUUUACAUGUAAAAGUACUGUAAUAGGUUUGGUAUAUAUGUUUAUUUUUAUGAAAUAGUUGUUCCCAUGGUCUUAUCCGUGUGAAUUAAAAAAAAAUAAUAAUGGUAAAACGUAACCUAGAUAUUAAAUAAAGAUAUAGUCCGUCUGUGAAUUUAGUUCAAAACAAUUUAAGCAGUCGUUUAAGCAUGUUUGUAUGACAAACAUCCAAAUGUCUUUACAAUCAUUUUCGUCAUCAUUACAUCAGACGUUACCUGUCCACCGCUGGACAUAGGCCUCUCCCAUACUGCCGUAAACACUGACCCCAAGUCACCUGCAUCCACUGACUAUCUACUAUGGUAUUUGAAAUCGUUGCUCAGUCUAGUUUCACACUGCGUUUACCUGUAUGAAGUCGCCACUUUAAAAACUUUCUUCAAACUAAGCCUAUUACAGUUAAUUUACUUUUAAUAAACAUUACCAUUACAUUUACCAGAGGGAGACUUUGUACAAAAGUCGAUUGCUUGGGUACUUCUGUCCCAUUCGUGUUUCAACCGUGAAGCAGUUGUGUUUGCAUGGCUAUGUUUCGGGUUGAAGGGUGGGAUAUGGCGUAAAUUUACUGGGUACAGAGGAAUAACACCCGAGUCCUCAGGAAUGGCAACGCAUGGGAGGUAUCGUGGGCGAAACAGUAUAAUCUGUUAUGUCCGUGGUACUGCUCAUGUCUAUAGGCGACGGUUACCACUUUACAUCAGGUGGGCCGUCAGCUUGUUUGCCAUUCUAAGUUGUAUAAAAAAAAUACAUAAUUAUUGUAUAUAUAUACAAUAAUAAUACAAAUAGAUUCAAAGGUUAUAUUUCAUUAUGUAAAUAAACGAAUGAUUCAACUAUGCCACUGUAGUUAUAUAUUUGUUAGUGUUAGUUAAUGGUAAAUAUUGUGAUUUGAUUUGCUUACAUGUAAAUCAUGCCUUGAUCGAUAAAGUCGCCUUUACGUGCCAGUUUUGAUAUAAAUGAAAAACUAAUUAUGAUAUAAUAUGAUAAAACUGAAAUAUGUACGUGUCCAACCAUUGAUCAAGUAGAAUACGACGCAAGUGUUAAGUGCGUAAGUACUUUAUAGCUUACUAAAGUGUGAUAACGUCGGAAUUGUACGUCGAUUUUCAAGAACAUUUGAUUAGUAUUAGAUAUUUGCAAUUGAUUAUAUAAAAAGUGUUCUGAUUGGUAAUUAAAAUGUAUUUAUUGAUUAAAUUGACAUUAAUUGAUAUUUUCUACUUUGGGUUUGUUGAAAGAGAAAUCUUGUGUAGCGUUAACCAGAAUUUAUUUUAAUAAUCUAUUAGUUUGCUAUCAGAGCAUUUUUUUUUUAAUAGCAAAUGCAAUGAAAUGAAAUUGAUAAAAUAAUAAAAACAAAUGAGAGAUAUUGAAAAAUUUUUCCACUUGUUCCUGUAAAUUGACACAUAAUUCCGACGUUGUAACACUUAGGUACGAACGCACUUAACUAUAUAUCAACUUUUGACACAUAAUUCCGACGUUGUAACACUUCGGUUUGAACGCACUUAACUAUGCGUGUAUACCAAAUUAUAAUAUACGCAUUGUAAGAGCAUUCGCCGUGAUUGAUGCUUCCUUGUAGAGAAAUAUGCAAUGUUAUUUAUGUGAAAACACAUUUCGAUGGAGUCGAACGGUGACGGCUUCUGGCAUUUUUGUUUUAAGCGCAAAUUGUACGGAUACAAAGGUAUAUGCGUGACGAAUGAACGUAGGAGGCACUCAAUUGGAUUGUAUAUAUUUUUUUUUUAUUUUACGCUAUGGAAUAUCAUCGGUUAUUCCGAGACCGAUUUUCAUUUAUUUACAUGAGAGGCAUUCGCUGCUGUAUUGUUGUUUUAAAGAUAAAUAUAUUUCACGAGAAGUACAUAUUGCAUAUGUAAUAAAUUUCAUUUCAAAUGCCACUUAAUGCAAAUAUGCUGGAAGGACGCAAAUGUAUCGACCGCCCCCUUGUUUUCGAGUUGGUACUUUUCUAGUUAAAAAUGGAUAUGAAAUUUCAAAUUUCUUUUGUUUCAUGUAUCAAUAUUGCCAUGAUAUAUUUGUGAAUAUUGAAUAUGCCAUUGUAUAUGUAUAAGGGGGAAUUUUAUGAAGUCACUAUGUUGUCGUUUCCGACAAUUGCUUCGUCUUUAUCCGGAUGUCUUCGUAAGGGGGCGUACGGCGCUUUGCGUCGCAGCGUCAUGUGUAAAUUUCCCAUUAUACGUAUAUAUAUAGACAUGGUUAAAAAUGAUAACAUAAGCUCUAUCAAUAAUAUUGUCGUGAAUUAUGUUUUUUUAUUAGUAUUCUAGCUACAGGGUGCUGUUCUGUUGUGUGCUCAAAAGUAAUAAGUACCUAAGUAAUCUACGGACUAAUUGUUCCAUACGUUCCAGUUUAUUUUCGACAGUGGAAUGGUAACCUUAUUACUUUUACAGUAAGGUCGUAAUUCCGUUUCCCAAAAAUGAGAUAUAGGUAGUUUUUUCUUUUGUAACAGUUUAUUUUGGAUUUUAGGUUUUGUUUUUCGCAUUUUUUAUAUCUUGUUGCAGUCAAUGCUAUUUAAGACGUUUUGAAUGUACGUAUGUUACGUUAUAUCCUUGAACCUACCCGUAAUAAUGGCGAAAAAAUUUCUUUCAGUGAUGUCAUACAUUUUUAUAAAAAAAAUUAUCAAUUUUGUAAUUAUCAAAAUACUUUUUAUAUUCUCUAGGUUGAUGUGGAUGAUAUUCCUUUUAGCAAUAAAUCCUAUAUCCAUAAAAAAAUAAUUAUUAUAAAAAAAAAUGCUGGCAAAAUAUUUUUAUUAAUUUUAUAUAAAUUUAUUAUUAUAUUACGCUUAAUAAUAUAUAAUUAUAUAAAUCAAUAUUUCGAUAAUUUAUGAAAUAAUUGGUCCGUAGGUAAAAGUUUUAUUUUUAAAUUUGCAGAUUACUGAAUAUUGUAGUUCUGUGAUGUCGCUUCUAUAUCAUUAUGUGAUUAUAUUAAAUAGUAUGUAAUUUUAAACAACUGCCGCAUAUGUAUUAGUAUAUUAUAUUAAAAAUGUAAUUAAAUAAAUAGGUAUUUAUUUAAAUUAAUCAAAAGGAAUUUUUAAAAUGCGAUAACAAGCUAUCACAGAAUUAUUUAAUUCGGUUUAUAUUAAGUAUAUAUAUAUUUUUUAUUUUAUAGUGUAAUGCAAUGUAAACCUCAUUAGUGUUAUUGACUAAAUGAAAUGUCAAAUGUGAAUUAUGUAAUUGUCAUUUUCGUAAUAUAUCGUACUACGAUUAUGUAUAAUCGUACAAUAUCGUAAUAUCGUACCAUUGUACCGUCACGGUAUAAUAGGAGAGCAGAAUGUAUGCAAAUGUAUAGAGGCGUGUUUAAAUUUCCAUGCACGUCCAACGUAUCGUUGCGGGGAUUAAAAACGUUUGUUAAAAUUGCAUAUAUUUUGCUCUCCUAUUAUAUCGUUACGGUAAAAUUGUACGAUAUCGUAUCAUAGUAUGGUAUAUUAUAAAAACGACCAGUGGGAAUAAAUGCAACGAGUUUACCAACUGUGGAAUAUUUUAAUAAAGAGACGGAUGUUACAUUUGUACAUGAUAAUAAA